GAUCAGCUGAUGAGUGUCAAUUUUAAUUGAGAUUUUGUCUCAUCUCUACUUUCAUUUAAUUAAUUAUUCUGUGAUUGUUUUUUAAUUAUUUUGUAUUUUAUUUUGUUUAUUCGUUGAACCACCGGGUACACGAACUCUUGCAAUAUCUGUAACCUUAAAGAUAGAAGAUAUAAUUUAACGGAAGCUUCGAUGGCCAAUGAAACCGGUGAUGUAGACCAAGUGAACAUGCAAUCAGAAGUAAUUCUCAGUGAUUCUGGUGGAAUAGAAGUUGAAGAUUAUGGUGGUGCUGGUGAAAAAAGUGGUGAUACCAACAAGGGAAGUGGUGAUGAUGGUGUCGCUGGAGAUGAUGCCAAUUAUGAUAAUGAAUUGAAAACAGAAGAAAACCUUGAGACAGAGAAAGAUUUAUCUUAUGAGACAAGUGAAAUGGAGACUGAUUUAAGCAAGGACGAUGGAAUAGAAAACGAAACCAUGGAAUUACCAAGAGAAAUUACUCAAUUUACUGAUGAAAAAAGAAACAAUAGUAUCCCUGGUAUUGAAAAUUCAAAGCCUGAUAAUGAUUCUAUUCCCAAUAUCGUAGAAACGGUUACUAUUGACAAGUCAUCUUAUGAAAAAUUAAUCUCAGAACAGAAAAGGUUAACCGAUGAACUGAAAAGAUUAAAAGAACGCCUAAUUACUGUUGAAGAUGAUUAUACAAGUGAAAUAUUGGAACUUGAAGAUCGAGAAUCAAAAGCCAGGAACGAAUUGAAUCAAGCUCUUGAAACUAUCGGACAAUUGAAAAAUUGUAUCAGAGAAGUUGAUCAACCAACCAAUUGGUCUGAACGAAUGGAACAGUUAAAAUCUGAACGAGAUGCAGCUCUAGAUGAUGUCUCCAAAUUAGAUGACAAGGUCCAUCGGUUAACAGCAUCGGUUACAAAUUUACAGCUCGUAAUUGAACAGAUACAAAAAGAGAAUGAAAAAAAAGUCUCUUCUUUAACCAGGCAACAUCUCGCAGCCCUAGAGUCAGAGCGAAUGAUACAAAAUGAUUUACGACAGGAAGUUGAGAUGUAUGAAAAAAAGUCUAUGGAAUCAGCUCAAGCUCUUGAAGCUGCAACAAGAUUGACAGAAAAUAUCGACAAAAAGGAGGAAAUUAUUCAAAACUUGAAACAAGAACUUUGCGACAAAGAGAAACAAAUAUCUAACCUUGAGGUGGACAAAGCUAAUUUGAAAGCCAGUUUUGAAGGAAAGGUUGACAAGCAGGUCAUUAAAAACCUGAUCCUAGGCUAUUUUGGUACACCCAAUGAUAAAAAGCAUGAAGUUGAACGUUUAUUGGCCCGAGUGUUAGAUUUUAAUGAACAGGAAAUGAUCCGUGCAGGUCUAUCCUUUGGACGUCCAACGACGGUAACAUCAGCGGGAUCCAUUCUAUUAGCGCCUUUACAAACUUCUACUACAACUACUACUUCAUCAACUGGUUAUCAUCAUCAUUCAUCAUCUUCUUCAAUAGAUGUUUCAUCAACUUCCUCAUACACCAAUGAACCCACCACAGGUACCUCUGGAUCUUUAUCUAAAAUGUUUGUUGAAUUUUUGGAAGCUGAAUCUCGGCCCAAAGGUAAACCAAUCAAUGUCCACCCAACAUCAUCUCUCACCCGUGAACUUGCUCGUGAUUUAACCAAAGCUGCUCUUACACCUCACAAUAAACCUCAUCUACUCCUGGAACCAACGAUAACCAUGGGAACAUCCAAGGUAUCCCCUGUUCCAAAUGUAUCAACAUCCUCUUCAUUAUUUUCAUCAAAUACUCUUGGGCUGCAACAAUCACAAUCACAACCACAACAAUCAAUUGGAAAUCAUAUCUCACAAUCAAACAUUAGACCAUCAGCAAAUCCGUUGAUUGUUUCAACAUCCUCACAAUUAGCAGCAAAUAAAAUAUCAUUACCAUUUUCUGGUAAUCUAAAUAGUAAUCCUAUUAGGCCGAUAACAAUUAACUCCAGUAACAAUAUAAUUACAGAAAUUGAUUCAUCAAUCACAUCAAUUGGAUCAAUGUCAACACCACAUCAACAACAACAACAACAACAACAACAUCAAAAGUCAUCAUCUUUAUCAUCAAUAUCAUCUUCCUCUUCAUCAUCUUCAUUAAUACUAUCAAAUCCAAUGCCAAGCUUCACAAACACAAUUAAACCAAUUACCUUUGAUGCCAAUAACCACACCCAUCAACCACCGUUACAACAAUUAUCUUCGUCAUCUCUAACGACAAUUAACCCAACGAUAACAUCUACAACUAAAUUAACACCACAAUCAAGUAUCGCACAACAACACCAACACCAACAAUCUUCACUCUCAUCUCAUUCUCUCUUGUCUGAAGCUAAUACUUCAAAUUUAAGACCAUCUCAUUCAUCCUCAUCUUUGAUAACAUCUUAUUUACCAUCAUCUUCCCUGACACCAUCAACAUCCAAUACAAUCUCAUCACUUGCUCCAACAUCUUCACUACUUCUCCCAGCACCAAGUUCAGAUUACAAUUCAAUUCUAUCAAAUUCACACCUCAAGGUGAAAAAAUGAUAAUAAAACAAAAAAUAAUAAUUCGUUAGUCAGUCAACACAAUGGUAAUAGAAAGACAAAGAGAAUGGAAGAAAAAAAAUAGACAAGCAACAUAAAAAAGAAAACAAUAAAAAAACUCUAAUCAUCUUCAUCUAACAUCAAUUUAUGAGAAAACCAUGAAGAGGGAACAGGAAGAAGGAGAUGGAAUGAUGAAUAAGUAGCAAGUGAUAAAGAAGAUGAUAAAAACUCAGGGAGAGAGAGAGAGAGAGAAACAAAAGAAAAUGAAAUAGUGAGAAAGUUAAUAGAGAACAUGAAAUGUUAAUCAAUUGAUUGUGAUUAGAAAGCAAUAAAUGUAUUUUAUUAAUCACCUAAUAUUUUUAUUUCUCAUUCAUUGGUGAACAAAUUAAAUCGUUAAUUGUCCAAAAUUGUGAUUUAAUGAAUUGUUCUGGUAAAGGAUUAGUAAUGAUGGAGAGAAAAUCAUUAAAAGAUCAUUUUUAAUUCUUUAAA